AUGUUGCAACGUUUACUUUAUAAGUUAGCUCCAUCUGAGCGAAAAGUAAUGGCUGAUCUAAAGAGUAAGGAUAUAGUGCGUGAAAAUGAAGCAGACGCCUUGGAGUCCACUCAGUCGUCAACGUCGACAUUGCCUCCUGGCGAUGACGACCGCACUGAUGACAUCCCACCUGCUGCGCUGUCUCCGUGUUACGCGGGUGAUGUCGUCGACCCGCCACCGUCUACGAGCGCUACGGCGUAA